UCACUGCAGCGAACGCCAUUUUGAUACUGAACACAGUGGGUGGAACAGUUCGGACACGAAUAGACGGCAAAAUUUACACUUAAACACGCUGAUUACUUGGUCAGCAAACGCCGAACAGCCAUGUCAUCGGAUAACCAGGACACGGAGACGCAGUCGGAGCAGAUGGACGAGACUCAGGAAUCCCAGGACACAAACUCAAACCCAGUGCGGACAGAGGAGGCCAAAUUGAAAGCGAAGUAUCCCAGCUUGGGCCAAAAGCCAGGUGGCUCCGACUUCCUGAUGAAGAGACUGCAGAAAGGGCAAAAGUAUUUUGACUCAGGAGAUUACAACAUGGCCAAGGCAAAGAUAAAGAACAAACAGUUGCCUGCCGCAGCUGGUCCAGACAAGAACAUCGUCACCGGGGAUCACAUUCCAACCCCACAAGACCUUCCGCAGAGAAAGUCCUCAUUGGUUACAAGUAAACUGGCUGGCUAACGUCAGCCAUAGGUUUUGAAUAAACCCUCUUACCAAACUUCCAAAACCUCCCCAGCCCCACCAGACCAGCUUCAUCAGGACUGGUUAUCAAUUUAUUUUGUUUUGUUUCUUUUAAUUUGGGUGUAGAGUCUUGCUGUCAUUUUCAUUUCACUUCAGUAGGUCUAAGCAUCCCAGCUCUGUUAACCUCUUCAGAGUAGGGAUAAACUAAACCCUUGCUACUCCAGGCCCUGGUGGAGCAUGAUGCACUUUACUCCGUGUACCCCAUAUAUUAGUGAUAUUAUGAACAAACCCCUGAAGACUUCAUAAAAUGCUUUUCAAAAGAUGCUUUUAAAAUGUGAACAAUUAUUUAAGAUUGUUUUAAAAGGCAUUGUUUUCUAUAUAGACAAUACUUGACAAGCCAUUGGACCCAGAUUACAUUGGCAGCCCUCUUUUCCUUCAUAAUGACAAAUUAAUGAAUGUUUUAUAUAUAUA